UCUCGGGCGCACGGGCGGACGGCGCGGGGGCCCCGCUCCCCAUUGGCCGCCUCCUCGGCGGGAGGGGCCGCCCGGCUCUCGGGGCACCUGGCGUCGCCCCUCCGCAGGGAAAUCGGCGGAUGCCGGGCACAGGCGCCCGGAGGUAAAGGCGUCCGGAGGAUAGGCCCGGGGCCGCGGCCGAGUUCCUUGCGGCCGGCCCUGCUCUGCCCGCCGGCGCGGCGACGCUCGGAUGCCCGCUGCGCCCGCCGCGCCAGCCACAAACUUUGCCCGGCGAAGUCCCCCGCCCGCCUGACCGCGCGGAGAGGCGCCUGGUUGGCUGCGCGCCCCCAGGGGCCCCGGAGCCCCCCGCGUCAUUGCGGGGGCCCCCAGGCGUCCGGCGCCCGCCGCGCCCCGCAGUGCGCGAGCGGCCGCCAGGAUGCGCUACGCGGACCCCUCGGCAAACCGGGAUUUGUUGGGGAACCGAACUUUGCUUUUCAUCUUCAUCUGCGCAUUCGCCUUGGUGACCUUGCUGCAACAGAUCCUGUAUGGAAGAAACUACAUCAAGAGAGGCCUCCAGUUUGGUUGGCAGAGUGGCGACCAGCUGGCCAAUUGGACGGGGCUCUUUAAUGUCACGGACGACCCAGGAGUGCAGAGCGGCAGUGACUCCAGCAGCUCCAGGUACUUUGAUUUUUACGAGGGCCCCUUUGAAUACAACUCCACAAGAUGCCUGGAGCUGAGGCACGAAAUCCUGGAAGUGAAGGUGCUGUCCAUGGUGAAGCAGUCGGAGCUGUUCGACAGGUGGAAGAGCCUCCAGAUGUGCAAAUGGGCGAUGAACAUCUCUGAAGCCAACCAGUUCAAGUCCACUCUGUCCAGGUGCUGUAACGCCCCCUCCUUCCUCUUCACCACCCAGAAGAACACUCCCCUGGGGACGAAGCUCAAGUACGAGGUGGACACCAGCGGCAUCUACCACAUCAACCAGGAGAUCUUCCGCAUGUUUCCCAAGGACAUGCCCUACUACCGGUCCCAGUUUAAGAAGUGUGCGGUGGUGGGCAACGGGGGCAUCCUGAAGAACAGUCGCUGCGGGAGGGAGAUCAACAGCGCCGACUUUGUCUUCCGAUGCAAUCUACCCCCCAUCUCGGAGAAGUACACCAUGGAUGUCGGGGUGAAGACGGAUGUGGUCACUGUGAACCCCAGCAUCAUCACAGAGAGGUUCCACAAGCUGGAGAAGUGGCGGCGGCCGUUCUACCGCGUGCUGCAGGUAUAUGAGAACGCGUCGGUGCUGCUGCCAGCCUUCUACAACACGCGCAACACCGACGUGUCCAUCCGCGUCAAGUACGUGCUCGACGACUUCGAGUCGCCGCAGGCCGUCUACUACUUCCACCCGCAGUACCUGGUCAACGUGUCGCGCUACUGGCUCAGCCUGGGCGUGCGCGCCAAGCGCAUCAGCACCGGCCUCAUCCUGGCCACGGCGGCCCUCGAGCUUUGCGAGGAGGUGCACCUGUUCGGCUUCUGGGCCUUCCCCAUGAACCCCUCGGGCCUCUACAUCACCCACCACUACUAUGACAACGUCAAGCCCCGCCCGGGCUUCCACGCCAUGCCCUCGGAGAUCUUCAACUUCCUGCACCUGCACAGCCGCGGCAUCCUCCGCGUGCACACGGGCACCUGCAGCUGUUGCUGAGGGCGGCGGGGCGGCCAGCCGUGCUCGGCAGACAGAACCUCUCUCCUCCUCUCACUGUUGCGCCGGGCAGUGCCAGGGCCGGGCGGUAAGGCUGUCACUCCCUCCGUAGUUCAGUUCCGUACUUGGGUCCUGUGGGCCGGGAGGCAGGAAUCCGGCUGGGGCAGAGUGAGCUCUGCGCUAGGCGUCCUGAGCCUCAGCCUGGGCCCUGUGUCUCUGCCCUGCCCACAGGUAGCAUGCUGCUGGCCCACGCCUCACGAUCUGAGCCCUGGGGAUUGCAAGUGAAUAAAGCACAUUUCCACUCAAUUUUAGCAUCCCAGAGAGCACAAACUAUAACGGCCUUGUCGCAGCUAAAGGAAGGCCCUACAGAGAAUGGAAAAGAGGGAGACCAAACCUGUGAGCAUGGUCAAUAUUUAAUUCAGACUUUUGGAUUCCUGAGUUUCUUCCGAGGCCUCAGCCAUGAAUUGCUAUCUAGAAUCUCAAAGCUUAGAGGCCAAGCCAGCAGCCAGACGUUCCUGGAGUGGCUCAGAGAGGUCCAGGGACUUAUUGACCAAGGUCACUCCAACUGACGGAGUCUGUUAAGUGAUGCAGUGAGAUCGAAUGCAAGGCCUGUGUGGUAGGAUCUUCCCUGAGAGACCAUCAGCUGAGGAGAGCCACACCCUCCAAAUACAUCCUCAGACACACAGUCUUGGUGCCUCCAGGUUCAAUCCUGCAUUUGAUCUUCUGAUGAGAAGGAAAUAAACCUGACCAGCCAUUUGCACUAAGGUUUUCAAGCCAAUGUUAUUGACUGAAUAAGUGCUUAGCGAUUUGCUUCCUUUUCUGUCUCCUUAUUUUCAGCUGUUUUAACCAGGAGUUAUUUAUAAGAUCUGUUCCCCUCUAUGUUCCUGAACUCUGCAGAAUCCUGCUCUGUCGUGUUCCUGAAUUGGAACCGUAAGGCUCCGGGCUGGAAAGUGCUGACAUGUAACUGGUGAGCGUAGCAGAUAGAAGCGCCUCAUGGCCUCUGACACCAGCAUCACGGAGGGUUCAGCUGGAAAGGCAGGACUUCCCACAUGGCACAGCCUGGCGGCCUUGAACAUGUGGACCCAUAGGCCUGCACUUUGGGAAGUUAGCUGUCAUUUCAGCGAGGCUGACGGGUUAACAUGUCAUUUCACGUCUGACAUUCAUUCUCUUUGCUUCCCCCGUGGUGGUUCCACCAUUAAUGCGGCUGUGCCUAAGAGACCCUGAUGGUGAAUUGCCUUAGAACUUAGGUUUGUGGAAUCAUAGAAUGUUCUGCUGGAGGGCUUUUGGCCCCCUCCUGUCCCCUCUCUCCCUCCUUCCCUCCUUUCUUCCCUCCCUCCCUUCUUCCCUCCCUCCUUUCUUCCGUCCUUCUCUUAAACAUUUCCAGAAGCCUUUUCUGCUUUUCUCUGGGACAUGAUGACAAAUAAAGGCAGAAUCUCUGUCUUCUCGGGGUGGAGGGCUGACCAUAAACAGACUCCAGCCCCCCAUGCUGGGUGGUCUGAGGAGGAGGAGGAACUGUGAGAGGACAACAGGGGGCGGGGACUUCCAUCCCAUCACCUCUUUACAGGCAGAGCAACAGCCCCAGCCAGCGACAGACAGAGGAGAGUGCUGUCCCCGGCCUCCGGGCUCCCCAUCCCAGGCUCCUGUCUUAGCAAAACCUCUUCGUCUUGAUUUGUGGUUCAUGUUGGUGGGUUGUUAAGGAAUGUGUGUUCCAUGCACAACACUGUUCUAGCUGCUGACCUUUCACCUUUGCUCUGAGCCCUGAUAUCAACUAGGAAAACCUGAGGCUGCUCUGAGUCUCAGUCUGCUUGUCUGUAAGAGCAGGAAAGCAACCAAUGAGACAAAAUAGGCUCAAGUGCUUGGUAAAAUAGGAAAAAGUAUGCAAGGACUGCGGAUGGUUAUGCUUUCUUGGGCUCUGCCUGUUUGUCCUAAGAGCUUCUGGGGAAGAUUCUAGUUAACUGAGGUUUCCAGCCAUUUGUGGUUCAUUGAACCCAGUUCUUGAGACCAUGGAAUACCAGAACUGGAAGGCUCUUAAAGACCAUUUUGUCACACUUAAGGAAACAGGCCCAGAACAGGGAGGUGACCUGGGUCGAGUCAUGCCUGGGGCUCUAAUGAGUGGCUGCUGUGGACAGACCCCUCUACCGGAAGCCCUCUGGGUGAUGUUUACGUUCCAGGUGGGGCAGUGGUUGGGGACAGGAUCCUUGCUAAGUCAGCCCUCAGGGUUCUCACGGCUGAGGGUGUCAUGAGAAGGCAUCUGCCCCAACCAGGGCCCUCGUAAGAGCUGGGAUGGAGCCUAAGGAUCCAUCCCAUGUAGGAGUUGGGACUCCUGACUCAUGGUCCUAUGUCUGCCUACCGGCCUUAAGACAAGUCCUUCCUCUGCCUUAGGGUCUCAGCUUCCUCAUCUCUACAACUAGAAGCUUAGCAAAGAUCUCUAGGGUCUCUAUAAUUUCUAAUUUUUUUUGAGGCAUUCAUGAUGUAUGAAUCUAAGCCAUAAAUAAUAUUUAUUAUAAUAGCUAAGAUUUACACACUCUCAUUCUGUGUCAGGCCCUACACUGAGCACUUUCUUGGCAUUAUCUCCUGUAGUCAUCACAAGACCCCUUAGGUAAGAAAGCUCCCACUGCCAAGUGAGGAGACUGAGGCUCAGAGUGAUUGCCCAGGGUCAGGCACCCAACGGAGAGACUGCACCGGGUCUGUAGAACACCAAAGCCCGUGCUCCAAGCCUCUGUCUUGGCUGCUUCCUAGCCAGCAUCGCCGGGGCUGGAACAAGAGGGAUCCUGACCGAGAUGCCGCUGCAGGGUGGUGCGGGGCCCUGCUCUAGGGACAAGUGCUCUAGGAGGCUGUCAUGGGUCCAGGAGGCAGUCUCUGCUUGUCCUCCCCCAACCCCACCCUGGGAGCAGCACUAACCCACCCGCAGUAGAAUGUGUGCCCUUCUGGCACUGGAGGGGAGCUGAGGCCAUCUCCGCAUUUUGCAGGUGAGGAGAGAUGCCCAGAAAGGGUACAUGUUAAAUGACAACAUGCUGAGUGACUUGCCCAAGGCCACGUGGCCAGCUAGUGCCUCAAGUGGGACUCAGAAGUCUCCUGACUUCCAGGCUCCCUUGCUCCUGCAGCCAAUGUUUGUAGGAAGAACUUUUUUCAAAGGCUCAGAGAGACGUGGGCAUUGACUCAAGAAGCUGCCACCAUGUCCCUCGCAGUCCCAGUCACCAUCCCGCCACGCAGUGCAGACUACCAGUUAAGUUCUUAUUUAAGGGAAAUAGAUUCCCCACAAAAAAAAACAGCCGUCGUGUCUUCAUCUGUGCUAAACCCACUGCUCCAGGGUUGAAAGGCAGCAAAAACAAGUAAACGACUCAGUGCUUAGCCAAGCAGAAAGGAAGGUGGCUCAAGGUCAGAUGCAGCCUCUGAGAUGGUUCAGCAAUGCCGCUGCGGCAACUGUGCUCGCUGAUCGCCUGGUGUCGCAGAGAACGGGCAUCUCAUCGCCCUUGACUUUGCUGAGCGUGGGGAGGAGGCAGGGGCAGCGUUUCCUGACAGUUGAGGGAGAGCACAGAGCUGGCUUCAGCCAGGCGUUCAACACAUAUUUAUUGAGCUCUCCUCCUGUGCCAGGCAUUGUGCUAGGUGCGGGGGAACUAGUGAUGAGCACAAGGUAGCCCGCGUCCUCCUGGCGCUCGCGGUGCGGUGGGCGUGUCCAGACACUGAACCAACAGUCCCACAGGCGCACAUAGGAGCUGUGCUGAGAGCUGGGAAGUCCCAGCUCUGGGACGAUUAUGGGGUGAGGUGGACAAGGGCAUGCAGGAGUCAAUCCUGAAUUCUGAAGGUGGGCAGGAGAAAGAUGGUUGUGCCAAAGCAGUGGACACUUCUCAAGCCUCAUCCUUGACAUCCCUGUGACGUGUGACGGGAGUGACCUCGCUGGUCUUUUUGAGUCCUCUCCUCUUUUGUUUCCUAACGAACCACCGUCUCCCGACUUGCCUCCUAUCUCUGAAUGCUCCUGCUCGGGCUCUUUAAUUGAUUCAUCUUCUGUGAAGCUUCCUCAGGGUUCUCUUCUCUUUCUAGGAGUCUUCCUGCAGAAAUCUCAUCUAAUCACAGCCUCAAAUAUCUCCUGUCCUUGCAUCUAAACCCCUUACCUGCAGGCCACUUCUCCCUUGGAGCAUCAGAAGCGUGCUCACGGUGGCCUCCUGGACCCUAUACCUGCACAGCAUCUCAAACCUCAGCAUGUCCUCAACUGGUAGAGUUAAAAGGACAAUCUGGACUCAGAGUUGCCUUCUGCCGCUAACUAGUUGGGUGACCUUGGGGGAGCUGCCAGAGCCCCUGGAGGCUCUGAUUUAUCAUCUGAGGAGUGAGGCCAGGGUGCCAGCCCCACCAGCUGUGGCGAGGGUUAAGUGAGAUAAGGUUGCACAGUGCCUGGCACAUCCUAGACACCCAAUGAGCGCAGCUUCCCUCUGCCCUCCCCCUCCCCCAUCAUCCCCCAGUGGAUGGCUCUAUUGCACCGCUGGCCUCUCAGCCCAAAACCUGGGUCACGCUCGGCUCUUCCUCCUCUUCACCUUCUAUGUCCAUUUGUGCACCAAAUCUCGUUAAUUCAGACUCAUAAAUAUCCCUUGAAUCCAUUCCCUACCUGCAUCCCCACUGCCCUAAACUCAGGUCCUUCUGACUGAUCUUUCUGCUUCCAGAGAAUUGCCUUCUGGAAACACCUUUGGAGGAGCCCAUUGCCCAUCUGUACCAUAUAGUCUAGAUGCCUUGCCCAGACGUGCAGGCAUGUCUCAAGCUGACUCACUCACCUUCCAAGAGACCCUCCUGCCACCUCCCCGCCCCCUCAUCCUCCUCCAGGCGCUGUGCCUUUGCACAAGCUGGUGGAAAUGUCUGGAAUGGCCCCCUACUCCUGCCUCCCUCUCUCCUCCCCUUCAUCCUAUCACUUUUGCAGAUGAUGUCAGGUUUGGCCCCUGUGUCCUCCCCUCCGUGAACCUGGGCUGGGCAGUCUCUCCUCUGUGCUUCUGUAGCACCCAUCACUGACUUCUGUCGAGACGUCCUCAUUGCUCACACAUGGGCAUCCCUGUGUCCUUGGCCGAGGGUCCAUCCUUUCACUGAGGGAAAGCACCGUAUCUGGCUUAUCUUUGUGCCCCAGCACUGGCACAGAGCCACGUGUUUACUAUAGCAAUGGGGUCUCUGGUUACCUGGUGGGCUCCAGCGGUUCAGAAGACCCCAUUAAUAAACCGAGUAACACCCUGGGGAAAUUGUUAGCUUAAGAGAGUCCUCCGUUGAUUAUUUUUUUGCCUAGUAUCUUCCAUGUGGGAAGCACUGAACUAUGUGAAGACUCCCCUGCCUGUCCUUAGGGGGCUUGGGGCUCUGUGGCUGGCUGGCUGGUGUCUGGCUGGCUGCAUCACGCAGUCUCUGAUACCCUCAUGUUUCCCCCCAUUAUCUCCCCACUCGCCCCCUACUGUCAUCGUGUAUCUGCUUCUUGCCCGCUAACAACCCUCUUUCUCUAGUUUAAACAAAACAGGGAAAGGUUUCCUUUUUUCUUCCUUUCCUCAAAACAAUAUAGAUUCGUCAGGAUCUUGUAUUGCUGUGCUGAGCUGCAGGCUGGGUAGCAGUAUAUCAGGGACUUAUCAAGAAUGUCACAAAAACAAGUGGAAGAUGCUGUAUUUAUUGGCUGGGAAACGGAUGAGCUGAGCUUUGCAAAGCAUCUGCUCCAGAUGCCCAGUGGAAGGCCAGGAGCUUGGGUGGGGGGGGGGGGGUCUUUCCUU